CGCAGCGGUGGGUGAGGCGCGGGGGGAAGAGGAGGGACGGCCGCCGCCUCCCCGCCGCCGUGGCCUCGCCGUGGCUCCCCACCUUCCCGCCGCGCACCUGGGCGCACCUGAGCACACCUGGGCGUGCGCGAACCGGAGGCCCCCGCCCCGCACGGUGACGGCCCGGCCCGCCCCGCACGGCCGCGCAGGCGCACGGCUCCUGGCCCGGCGGCGCUCCGGCGGCUGAGCGCUGUCAUGGCGGCAGCGAGCGGCAGCGUCGGCAGGAAGAGAUGGGGCUAAUCGAGACCGCGGCGUGAGGCGGCAGCGGCUGAAACUUCAGGCGCCUUUCGGAGAGCGGGGCGGCUGGCGCUGCGCGGCCCGCCCUCCGCAGCCGGCCGGCGGGACAGAGCGGAGCGGAACGGAACAGCCGCGCCGCCUCCCCGGCCCCGGAGCCGGGCGUCAGGGCAGCCCGCGCCCCCUCGGCGGGGGUAGCCAGCGGUGAGUGCGAACUUGCCCGGCGGCGGGUGGCUGCACCUGUCCCCGCCGGCCGUGCGAGGGCAGGAGCCGGAGACGCGGCAGCCGAGGAGCUGGGCGGGAAGGAGGAGCGUAUUCCCUUUUUAAAAAAAAAAAAAAAGGGCCGUAAAUACCUGCCGGAGGGCAGAGAGCUGCUGACAGACGCCUCCUGCUGAGGAGGAGAGAGCUGGGACUCCGAGGGCGCGUCCUCCCUGUCGGCCCCCCCCCGCCGCCGGACGCGGGUUUCCUCAGGAGCCGGAGCCGAAGGGCAGGAGCGGGCCACCGGCUCCCUCCCCGGUAGCCCAAGUCGCACCUUCUUCCCUGUGCGGCCGUUGGCGUUUCAAGUCGUGACCUGAAGGGAAGCUGGGCAUGGCGAGCGAAGACAAACAAGUUGCUCAGCCAACAGGUGAUGAUGGAGGAGGAGGUGGAGGAGGAGCGGGAAAAGAAGGAAACGCUGCUGAAGGGGGAAGUGUGCCGCAGCCGCUGAAUCCAGGAGUCCCCAUCCGAGGCAUCAAGAUGAAAUUUGCUGUGCUGACAGGACUGAUGGAAGUUGGGGAAGUGUCCAACAGGGACAUAGUCGACACUGUGUUUAAUCUGCUUGUUGGGGGCCAAUUUGACUUGGAAAUGAACUUUAUCAUCCAAGAAGUAGAGGGUAUCACCUGCAUGGUAGAGUUGCUGGACAAGUGUGAUGUCACCUGCCAGGCUGAGGUGUGGAGCAUGUUUACAGCAAUCUUGAAGAAAAGUAUACGCAAUCUACAAGCGUGCACAGAAGUGGGCCUUGUUGAACAAGUGCUCAAGAGGAUCGAUAGAGCUGACAACAUGAUUGCAGAUCUCUUAGUGGAUAUGCUGGGCGUGUUGGCUAGCUAUAACCUGACAGUUCGAGAGCUAAAGUUAUUCUUCAGCAAGCUUCAAGGAGAAAAAGGGAGAUGGCCACCACAUGCUGGGAAGUUAUUGUCUGUGUUAAAACACAUGCCUCAGAAGUAUGGACCUGAUGCCUUCUUCAACUUUCCAGGAAAAAGUGCUGCAGCUAUUGCCUUACCCCCUAUAGCCAAGUGGCCGUACCAGAAUGGGUUUACUUUCCAUACUUGGCUAAGAAUGGAUCCGGUAAAUAAUAUAAAUGUGGAUAAGGAUAAGCCUUACUUAUAUUGUUUUCGAACAAACAAAGGACUUGGUUAUUCUGCUCAUUUUGUUGGAGGCUGCUUGGUUGUAACGUCCAUAAAAUCAAAGGGAAAGGGUUUCCAGCAUUGCGUAAAAUUUGAUUUCAAGCCACAAAAGUGGUAUAUGGUUACUAUAGUGCACAUCUAUAACCGCUGGAAGAAUAGUGAACUUCGAUGUUAUGUGAAUGGGGAACUGGCAUCUUAUGGAGAAAUAACAUGGUUUGUCAACACCAGUGAUACGUUUGACAAAUGUUUCCUGGGUUCUUCGGAAACAGCAGAUGCCAACCGAGUGUUUUGUGGGCAAAUGACAUCUGUUUACCUUUUUAGCGAGGCUCUCAAUGCUGCUCAGAUCUUUGCCAUUUACCAGCUUGGUUUGGGAUAUAAGGGAACCUUCAAAUUCAAGGCGGAAAGUGAUCUCUUCCUUGAUGAACAUCACAAAUUAUUGCUAUACGAUGGCAAGCUGUCCAGUGCUAUUGCUUUUAUGUACAAUCCAAGGGCUACAGAUGCACAGCUGUGUCUAGAGUCAUCCCCUAAGGAUAACCCUUCUAUUUUUGUUCAUUCACCACACGCCCUCAUGCUGCAGGAUGUGAAAGCAGUCUUAACGCAUUCUGUCCAAAGUGCUCUGCACUCCAUUGGAGGGGUGCAGGUACUUUUCCCUCUCUUUGCACAGUUAGACUAUAGGCAAUAUUCAUCGGACCACAUUGACACAACUGUUUGUUCUACUUUAUUGGCGUUCAUCAUGGAGUUGUUGAAGAACUCCAUUGCUAUGCAAGAGCAGAUGCUUUCCUGUAAGGGCUUCCUUGUGAUAGGACAUAGUCUAGAAAAGUCUUCCAAAGCCCAUGUUACCCGAGCUGUACUAGAACUUUGCCUUGCCUUUUCGAAAUACCUGAGCAACUUACACAAUGGGGUGCCCUUGCUGAAGCAGCUGUGUGAUCAUGUUCUCCUUAAUCCUGCAAUAUGGAUUCAUAUCCCAGCACAGGUUCAGCUGACCCUGUACACUUACCUCUCUACUGAGUUCAUCGGCACUGUUAACAUAUAUGGUGCAAUACGGCGAGUUGGGACAGUUCUUUUGGUCAUGCAUACCUUAAAGUAUUAUUACUGGGUAGUGAAUCCUCAAGAUCGCAGUGGCAUAACUCCCAAAGGCGUAGAUGGGCCGCGGCCUACACAAAAAGAGAUUUUAUCUCUGCGAGCAUUCUUGUUGAUGUUCAUUAAACAGCUAGUGAUGAAGGACUAUGGAAUAAAAGAAGACGAAUUGCAGGCUAUCCUCAAUUAUCUGCUCACUAUACAUGAGGAUGACAAUCUAAUGGAUGUCUUGCAGUUGCUUGUUGCUCUGAUGUCAGAGCAUCCCAGUUCUAUGAUUCCUGCUUUCGAUCAGAGAAAUGGAUUACAGGUUGUCUACAAGCUUUUAGCAUCACGAAGUGAAGGCAUCAGGGUGCAAGCUCUAAAAGUGAUGGGAUAUUUCUUAAAGCAUCUCGCUCCAAAGAGAAAAGCUGAAGUCAUGCUUGGACAUGGAUUGUUCUCUUUGUUGGCUGAAAGGCUGAUGCUUCAGACAAGCUUAAUCACCAUGACCACAUACAAUGUCCUAUUUGAGAUUCUGACGGAACAGAUUUGCACUCAAGUGAUACAUAAACAACAUCCUGACCCAGAUUCAACAGUGAAGAUACAAAAUCCUCAGAUUUUGAAGGUUAUUGCAAUCCUGCUACGUAAUUCUCCACAGUGUCCAGAAGCUCUGGAGGUUCGGCGAGCCUUUCUCUCAGAUAUGAUUAAACUAUUUAAUAAUAGCAGAGAAAACAGGAGGAGUUUGUUGCAGUGCUCGGUCUGGCAGGAGUGGAUGCUUUCCCUUUGCUGUUUUAAUCCAAAGACUUCUGAGGAACAGAAGAUAACGGAGAUGGUGUAUACCAUAUUUCGAAUUUUGCUCUACCAUGCAAUCAAAUAUGAGUGGGGUGGCUGGCGUGUUUGGGUGGAUACACUGUCGAUCACACAUUCAAAGGUAACUUUUGAAAUGCACAAAGAGAGUCUUUCUCAAAUGUACAGGGAGUACCAAGGGAAAGGAGGUGAAGGGAGUGGACUGCAUUCUUCAACACCAAUUAGAACCAUCUCUGGAGUUAGCAAAGAAGCUGAAACCAAGGGAAAGCAGCAACGUUUGGAGUUAAAAGAAGAUGCCGCUACUCCUUCCUGCAUUAUCGACGAUGGUAUGGAGUGCAGUACUGCAAAAAAAGAGACAAAUACCUCCUCAGAUGGUGACCAACAAACUCAUUCAGUAUCUAAUCAUAGGGAGGAGGUAGAGGGGGAAGACGGUGAGACUACACAGGAUUUAAAAGCGGUGUCUUGUGUGGAAUUUUCUCCAGAACCAGAAGCAAUAAAGCCAAGUGUUUCAGAAAUUAGUACUGGAAUAGCUGAAGCAAUUGAAGAUUCUCUGAGCAAAGCUGACGAGCUUGUGGAAGAAACAGUAGCUGUCACUGCUGCUUCUUUAGCUAUGCAAACUACUUUGGAAGGAGAAACUCCUGAAAGUCCAGAAAGACUGGAAAAAUCAACAGUAGACGUGGAAGAUGAAGAUGAUUUUGUUGAUUUGAAAGAGGAAAGUAGUAUGCCUUUACCUUCAGAAGAGUUUUCAGAAACAAACAAGGAAGGUAGCUCUAAUGAAAGCGAAGCGACAAAGCAGGAAAGAGCAAUAGAGAAGCAACCUGAAUCUGCGCUUUUAAAAUCCGAAGAUACUGAAGGUGUGGAGGGGAAAAAACAAGAACUGUCAUCUUUACCAGAAACAGUGAGUUCUGCAGUUCAAGAAGGAGCGACUCCGCUGGAUUCAGAAGGGAAAAAGAAGCUGGAGGAAGAAAAGAUUCUUUUUAGUGAAACCAAAACAGCUGAAGAAAAUACAAAUGCCCGUGUGUCAGAGCCUGCAGGAGCCUCUGACAAAAGGAUUGCCAAACUUGAUGUUUCUAGUGUGGCAUCAGAUACAGAAAAACUGGAACUGAAAGCUAACACAUGUCUAGAAGCACCUCUGCCCCCAAGAUCCGUACCUGAGAGAUACCUGCUAAUGGAUACUCUUCAUUCUGCACCAUUCUUCCUUAAAGGAGGAAAACCACUGUCUACAGCGACAUAUACUCCCCCCGUGACCUCAAGGCAGCAAGAUUCAUCAGGACAAGAGCUAGCUGCUACGUCAGAUGGGCAGCGAAGAGACUCUAGGUCAACUGUGUUCCGUAUUCCUGAGUUUAAGUGGUCACUGAUGCAUCAGCGCUUGCUCACAGACUUACUCUUUUCCAUAGAAACAGAUAUACAGAUGUGGAGAAGCCAUUCUACAAAAACUGUGAUGGACUUUGUGAACAGCAGUGACAAUGUCAUAUUUGUGCACAACACAAUUCACCUCAUCUCUCAAGUGAUGGACAACAUGAUCAUGGCUUGUGGUGGUAUAUUGCCAUUGCUUUCUGCUGCCACAUCCGCUACUCAUGAAUUGGAGAAUAUUGAGCCAACUCAAGGACUUUCAGUAGAAGCAUCUUUAACAUUUCUCCAGAGAUUAAUCAACCUUGUGGAUGUGCUAAUUUUUGCAAGUUCUCUUGGUUUCACUGAAAUUGAGUCUGAGAAAAAUAUGUCGUCUGGAGGAAUUCUGCGACAAUGUCUUCGUUUGGUAUGUGCGGUAGCAGUAAGGAAUUGCUUGGAGUGUCAGCAGCAUGCACAGAUGAAGCCUAUUGGAGAGACUGGGAAGAAUCAAAAAGCAGUGCAGGGCUUUAUAGGAACAGCAAAGUCUGCAGCAAAGAGUCCAGUGGACGUUGUGACUGGUGGCAUUUCUCCAAUACGAGACCAUGACAGACUUCUGCAGGAUAUGGAUAUUAAUCGACUUCGAGCAGUAGUGUUCAGAGAUAUAGAGGAUAGUAAACAGGCUCAGUUUUUGGCUUUGGCUGUUGUAUAUUUUAUUUCUGUGCUCAUGGUUUCGAAAUACAGAGAUAUACUGGAACCCCAGAAUGAAAGACGACCACCAAACCAUAGCCAGUCAUUCAAGGAAUCGGAGAACGAAAAUAAUGAAACUUCUGCUACAGAUGUGGAAAACCCAUCUGCUGCUCUCACUGCUUCAGCCACCACUGAAGAUUCAGAAAGUACAGCCUCUGUACGAAGAAGGGAUUCUGGUCUUGGGGAGGAACCAGCCUCAGGGCGAAUAAACAGUUCUGGUAGUGUUGCUGAUGCAGGACCUCUGAAUGUCAGUGCAGGUCCAGAUGCAAUCAGUGAAGUACUAUGCACGCUCUCAUUAGAAGUAAAUAAGUCUCAGGAGGGCAGAAGUGAGACAGGAACUGAAGACAGCAAGCCUGCAACUUCUGUGCCAGCUGCAAAAAAUGUCAAUGUAAAGGACAUCCUGAGAAGCUUGGUAAGCACACCAGCUGAUGGGACUGCAGUGGAUGCUGCUCUUCUGCCACCAACCUUCCUUGGAGUCCUUGGCGAUGGAGCUGCCGAGCAGCCUGUACAGUUCCAUUCCUUUGACAGGAGUGUCGUUGUACCACCAAAGAAAUCAACCAUUUCCUCUUCUACAGCUGCUGUGGGUAUUCCUACAAAUGCUGUCAGUGUGGUUUCUUCUUUAGAUUCGGCUCAAGCUCCGGAUUUGUCAGGAGAAUCUCCUGGAAGGGGAUCAUCUAGUUCAAAAUUGCCAUCUGUCCCUACAGUUUCUUCAGUGCCUGAGGAUUCUGCUUCAAAUAUGAGUAUUACAGAGAGGCUUGAACAUGCUUUGGAAAAAGCUGCCCCACUUCUGAGAGAGAUUUUUGUGGAUUUUGCUCCCUUUCUUUCUCGGACUCUUUUGGGCAGCCAUGGGCAGGAGUUGCUGAUAGAAGGUACAAGUCUUGUGUGCAUGAAAUCUAGCAGUUCAGUUGUGGAGCUGGUGAUGCUUCUUUGCUCUCAGGAGUGGCAAAACUCUAUACAAAAGAAUGCUGGCCUUGCCUUUAUUGAGCUUGUCAAUGAAGGAAGGUUGCUGAGUCAAACCAUGAAGGACCAUUUGGUAAGAGUGGCUAAUGAAGCGGAAUUUAUCUUGAGCAGACAGAGAGCAGAGGAUAUUAACCGCCAUGCUGAAUUUGAGUCGCUCUGUGCCCAGUAUUCUGCAGACAAACGGGAAGAAGAAAAAAUGUGUCAUCAUUUGAUAAUGGCAGCUAAGUACCGAGACCAGGUGACUGCAACUCAACUAAUACAGAAAAUUAUCAAUAUUCUAACAGACAAGCAUGGAGCCUGGGGAAGCUCUGCACCAAGUCGUCCUCGUGAGUUCUGGCGCCUUGACUACUGGGAAGAUGACUUGCGGCGCCGGCGACGAUUUGUGCGUAACCCCCUUGGAUCGACACAUCCUGAAGCGACACUAAAAGCAGCCGGAGAACAUGCUCCUGAUGAGGAUAUACUUGUUAAAGGAAAGCAGUCCAUCAAGAGUCAAGUUUUAGGAAAUCAGAACUCGGAAAGUGAGAUUCUCUUGGAAGGCGACGACGACAUCAUGUCAUUCAUGGAGGAAAGAGAAGUGGAGAACUUAACGGGUCCAGUUGCCCUAAGCACACCAGCUCAGCUUGUGGCACCCUCAGUAGUAGUGAAAGGCACUCUUUCCAUCACUCUUUCUGAGCUCUACUUUGAGGUGGAUGAAGAAGAUCCCAGUUUUAAGAAAAUCGACCCGAAGAUUCUGGCAUAUACAGAAGGACUCCAUGGAAAAUGGCUCUUUUCAGAGAUUCGAUCUAUCUUUUCUCGACGUUAUCUUUUGCAAAAUACAGCACUGGAGAUAUUCAUGGCAAAUAGAGUGGGUGUCAUGUUCAACUUUCCUGACCAAGCAACAGUAAAGAAAGUGGUUAACUGUCUGCCUCGGGUCGGUAUUGGUACUAUCUUUGGACUACCCCAGACCAGACGCAUUUCUUUGGCUAGUCCACGACAGAUUUUCAAAGCUUCCAAUAUGACCCAGCGAUGGCAACACCGGGAAAUUUCCAACUUUGAAUACCUGAUGUUUCUAAACACUAUAGCAGGUCGAACUUACAAUGAUUUAAAUCAGUACCCUGUCUUCCCUUGGGUUAUCACCAACUAUGAAUCAGAGGAGUUGGACCUCACACUUCCUAGCAACUUCAGGGAUUUGUCAAAGCCUAUUGGAGCUUUGAACCCAAAGAGAGCAGCCUUCUUUGCUGAGAGAUACGAAUCAUGGGAAGAUGAUCAGGUUCCAAAAUUUCACUAUGGCACACAUUAUUCAACUGCAAGUUUUGCACUCACGUGGUUAUUAAGAAUCGAACCCUUUACAACGCUUUUCUUAAAUCUACAAGGUGGGAAGUUUGAUCAUGCAGAUAGAACUUUUUCAUCUGUUUCAAGAGCAUGGCGCAAUAGUCAGCGUGACACUUCUGAUAUCAAGGAAUUGAUUCCUGAAUUCUAUUACCUCCCAGAGAUAUUUGUCAACAGCAACAAUUACAAUCUGGGAGUGAUGGAUGAUGGAACAGUUGUGUCUGAUGUUGAACUUCCACCAUGGGCCAAAACCCCAGAAGAAUUUGUUCGCAUAAACAGACUGGCAUUAGAAAGUGAGUUUGUUUCCUGCCAGCUUCACCAGUGGAUUGACCUGAUUUUUGGCUACAAACAGCAAGGGCCAGAGGCUGUUAGGUCCCUGAACGUAUUCUACUAUUUGACUUAUGAAGGAGCUGUUAAUUUAAGUUCAAUAACGGAUCCCGUAUUGAGAGAGGCUGUUGAAGCUCAAAUACGAAGUUUUGGACAGACCCCUUCCCAACUGCUCAUAGAACCACAUCCUCCAAGAAGUUCUGCCAUGCAGGUGUAUCUCCUCCUGCAGAGUCCGUUGAUGUUCACAGACCAAGCUCAACAGGACGUUAUCAUGGUUCUCAAGUUCCCAUCCAACUCCCCUGUCACUCAUGUAGCAGCCAACACCCAGCCUGGUCUGGCCACUCCUGCUGUGAUCACAGUUACUGCAAAUAGGCUAUUUGCUGUAAACAAGUGGCAUAAUCUUCCUGCUCAUCAAGGUGCUGUACAAGACCAGCCUUACCAGCUGCCAGUGGAAAUCGAUCCUCUCAUAGCCAGCAAUACAGGUAUGCACAGAAGGCAAAUCACUGACCUUUUAGACCAAAGCAUUCAGGUACAUUCCCAGUGUUUUGUCAUCACCUCUGAUAAUCGCUACAUCUUGGUCUGUGGCUUCUGGGACAAGAGUUUCCGAGUUUAUUCUACCGACUCAGGUAAACUGAUACAAGUAAUAUUUGGACACUGGGAUGUCGUAACCUGUCUUGCCCGUUCCGAGUCCUAUAUCGGAGGAAAUUGUUACAUUCUCUCAGGAUCGCGUGAUGCAACAUUGCUGCUCUGGUACUGGAAUGGCAAAACCAAUAUCGUUGGUGAUAACCCGAGAGGUGAUUUUGCAACUCCUCGAGCUAUUUUGACAGGACAUGACUAUGAGAUCACCUGUGCUACCAUUUGUGCUGAACUUGGCCUGGUAAUAAGUGGUUCAAAAGAAGGACCAUGUCUCAUACAUUCUAUGAAUGGAGAUCUACUGAGGACAUUAGAGGGUCCUGUAACAUUAGAAGGUCCUGAAAACUGCCUGAGACCAAAACUUAUUCAAGCUUCAAGAGAAGGCCACUGUGUCAUAUAUUAUGAAAAUGGCCUCUUCUGUGUAUUCAGUGUGAAUGGGAGACUUCAAGCCACUAUGGAAACCGAUGACAAGAUAAAGGCCAUUCAGCUGAGUCGAGAUGGACAGUAUCUGCUUACAGGUGGAGACAACGGAGUUGUCAUGGUCUGGCAAAUGUGGGACCUCAAGCGGCUUUUUGCUUACCCGGGGUGUGAUGCUGGAAUCCGAUCCAUGGCCCUGUCGUAUGACCAAAGGUGUAUAAUGACUGGCAUGGCAUCUGGCAGCAUAGUGGUCUUCUACAAUGAUUUCAAUCGUUGGCACCACGAGUAUCAAACCAGAUACUGAUCUUCACAGAGACCAAGAUCAGCGCCGAUGUGGGCAGCUGUUGGCAGAAGGAAACUGAACACAGCACGCCCGCCUUGGUGUCUUGCCACGACGUUGUUUCUUAUAAAUAGCUAUAUUACAUCUGAAUGUAACUUGAAUUUGCUGGAAGAAGCAACCUAUUUUUUAAAGUUAAUUGCUAUUUUUGUAGACCUUGCUUGACUUUUUUGGGGGAAGGGCAAAGAAGCAGAAAAAUGGCUGCUGGGUUCUGUAGUUAAAAAUCUAUAUUUUUAGUCAUAAUGAGAAGUCUAUUUUGAUCCCUGUAUGUAAAAGAAACCUAAAGUAAAGACGGUUAAAACUCACAUUCUAGCUAUAUUAUGAAGAAACGGAUUUUCCAUCUGAAGCUUUAUCUAUAACCUUGAGGAAUAUAUGAUUUUAACAUAAUGGAAAUGAAUUACGAUGUUUGGGGAAUUUUAGUCUGUGCUAUCUGUACCACACUUUGUCUCGUACUUUUCCAAAUGAUUGUACUACAUCAGCACUGAAGUUUCUGGGAAUCAAUGGUAAUAAUUUAAAUUAUGGUUAAUGUAAUUUUAAACUUUGCAGAUCGUUUCCAUCAAUGUUACUAUUCAAGCAUGUUUCUAGACCUAGAAGAUUAGUUCUUUUUUAGUUGUAUGUUUUGUGCAGUUAGGAGAGAGAAAUCGGGAAUGGAGUUUGUGUUACAUCGAGUGUGAAUCCUUCUAGUUUCAACCUGGCAUCUCCUUCAAAGCGCACCAAAAUGUGGAUUGUUCCUCAAAAUCAGAAAGGCUCUUCUGUAGACUUUAGAGUCAAAUUAGAAACCCAGAGAGGCAGGUAUUUUUUAAUAGGUGUGAGUACCAAAGCGCACUUCUGCUGGUUGACUGUGAAAGCACUAGAAAGGCAGGUGUUGGCUGGUGCAGAGCCCCUUAUGGCAGCAGAAGCACUAGACUUGCAGGCGACUUUCUUUUUUUUUCCCCAGAACUAGCCCCUGCAAUACUGUGGCACAUGCCGUAUUCCUUUUCUGCGCAUAGUAACAAUACCUUUUCUAUUUUGCUAUCACCAAAUCCAGUCAGAUCCUGCCCAAUCAUUACCUCUCUCUUUUAGGAAAUGGAAACUAAUUUAUACUAAGGAACAAUAAGUUAUUUUGGUGUUGCACAAAUCUACUUUUCUACGAGAUUGCUGUGCAGAACUCUGUGAAAAUAUUUGUGAGAAGAACUGUUAUUGUUUUGUAAGUCUGUAUUGCAUAAAAAACUUCUUUGUAUGUUGUGAUCUCUCUGAGUUGAAAUUUACAUUCCAUAUCUGUAUUGAUACAUACAUUUCGCUAGCUGCCCACUAGAGCAGUUCCUGGUUUUUCUAAGCGUUUAACUACUAUCUCUUUCAGUAAAGAUUUGGAAUGAGGAAAUUCAG